GCGGGGCAUUUUUAACCAGGUUUUCCGAAGGAAAAAACUGGUUAUUAGAUUGGCGAAUGCGGGCGGGCUGGCUGGCUGGCGGGCUGGCUGGCUGGCUGGCGGGCUGGCGGAAUAAGCUUGUCCGGGCCAUAACUAUGUCGUUCAUUGUCAGAUUUUAAAAUCAUUUGGCACAUUUGUUCACCAUCAUUGGACGGUGUGUCGCGCGAAAUAAUUACGUCGAUAUCUCCAAGGUCAAGGUCACACUUUGAGUUCAAAGGUCAAAAAUGGCCAUAAAUGAGCUUGUCCGAGCCAUAACUAUGUCGUUCAUCGUCAGAUUUUAAAAUCAUUUGGCACAUUUGUUCACCAUCAUUGGACGGUGUGUCGCGCGAAAUAAUUACGUCGAUAUCUCCAAGGUCAAGGUCACACUUUGAGUUCAAAGGUCAAAAAUGGCCAUAAAUGAGCUUGUCCUGGCCAUAACUAUGUCAUUCAUUGUGAGAUUUUAAAAUCAUUUGGCACAUUUGUUCACCAUCAUGGGACGGUGUGUCCCACGAAAGAAUCACGUCAAUAUCUCCAAUGUCAAGGUCGCCACGACUAAAAAUAGAUUUAAAAAAAAAAAAAAACUUACAAAGGGGGUUAAUUUUUUUUGGUCAUUUCAAAAGUUCAGUUUGAGUUUUCUCCCUUUAUCAGAUUUUAUUUUCACAAUGAAAACCUGGUUUUGUGACAAUUUUGUCCCGUGUUCCUUAUAUGGCUAUAGUAAAACCUUGUUAACACUCUAGUUAAUUGGAAAUAUAAUUGCAAGGUGAGUCUGAAAAUAGUUCAUUUUUUUGUUUAUGCUUUCCGGUGGUUUAUAGAGAAAUAUCAGUGAAUUAAAACUGAUAAUUUCACUGUUUCAAACAAUGAAAAUUAUCAGUGAAAAUUAUUGAUAAUUUUCACUGUUUAUGUUAAAUGACAUCAUUUUUUUGACGAAAUGACGUCAUUUUCACAGCGAAAUUCUUUAGUAAAACUCUUUAACAAUGUAUAUAAACUGUGAAAAACGAGCGCCACUAGUGAAAAUACUAUUUUCUAUGAUCACUCGUGAAUUAAAAUCGAUAAUUCACCGAAUCCAACAAAUAUCCUCUAUGUUUGUCUAAAGUUGUGUGGUAAAAUUUAGCUUUAGCUGAUUAUCAUUACAUAAUACUUAUUUUAUUUUUUCAUUUUUCACAAGAAUCUGAUAAGCCAUUAUGUUAAAAAAAGAUAACCCGUACAUACUGUCUAAUAGUUAACUCCCUUGUUUAACCUGCUGACUCAGGUUACCUAAUCUAUUUUAGAUAUAAACCUAUGGCAUUUGUUAGACCCUUUCAGGUUUCAAAACACUUAAAGGGUAAAUACUUCAAAAUGCAUAUUUUUCUAUUAUAAUGACAUUUUUUGGCUAAGUUGUUAUUUCUUGUGUAAAUCUGUACUUAUUGUUUUGUCACAGUUGUUAUCAGUUUGUAGCAAAUUAAUCUAUAAUGGGAACUAUUACUGAUAAGCCAUCUUUGAGAAAACCCCUACAGAGUUCCCCCAGAGCUAAGCUAUUGAUCAUUGAACAACUUAAGAGGACAUUCUACUAUCUUGGGCAGUUAGUAGCACUGUCCGUCUUACAGGACGGUUCCGGUCUGCCGAUUUUCUUGGAUAUAGUGACCGACUACAUCCUGGCCCGUGACAGUAGUGUGGUGAGCCAGGGAGAUCUGCCAGAGCACCUUGCUCAGCUGAUAGAACAGAUGAAGGCCGAAAGUGACGCUGCAGCACAAACACUCUACCAACAGAUGUUUGAUGAAGCUUCUACUGCUGGGUUUCUGAUACCAUCCACCAGCUUCAACAAGUGCUUCAAACCAGCCCUGGUUGGUGACCUAGUCCACAAUCUGGUUGAGAGCAGUCGGGUGGAGCUUGACCAGUUUGUCGAUGGACUGAAGACUCAUCAUAUUCUUGAGUUGCUGCGUUUGAGGCCUGAUGAUAGCUGCAGCAUAUUCAGCAGCCGAACAAAACCGGUGACUGUAGAAGCAGUUCGCUUGCUGUUGCAUUUCCGAUAUCGGACUGAGAAUCACGCAGAGACUGGUCAGCAGACAGCCCAAGGUUUUCUGACGUUCCUCUGAGCUACCAAAGAUGAAACCUUCUGAAGUCACUCAUGCAUCAAGUAAACAACAACUUGUUACUUUGGUGACGUUGUGUCCUAGACAGUGUCCACUUGAGAAAUGUUACCUUGUAGGACAGCAUUUGUUCCUAGCAUCACGGAUUGCUUAACAAAAUG